GUGCGUUUGUCGUGUGAAGACAUGAGAGCUCUAAUUACCCGUUUCCAAGCACAUUUUGAUGGAUGGAAUGAAGUGUAAUCAAGCAUAAGAUAAGUUGCAUCUUUAUACAACAUUAUACAAACAUUACAUUUAUACAACAUUAUACAAACAUUACAUUCUUCGUAAAUGUACGAAGAAUACGAUACCAAUGACUUUCUGCUUUAAGCCAAGUUUUUGCAGUAGUUUUAUUGCCGAAAAUGGAAAAUUGACCAUGAAAUAUUUGAGUAGUUUUUUUUUCAGUAACCGAGUUCGGAUCUGUUCGGAUAAUGAUGAAAAUUAUAAGAUAAUUACCAAGGUAGAGAAACAAUUCUCAGAGCAAUUUAUGAUUUUUGAUGACUUUGUCAGUGAAAAUGAAGAACAGUUGCUUUAUGAAGAAGCAAGACCAAUUUUGGAGACGAAACAUUAUCAGAAGGAGCACUGGGACGAUGCUAUUCAUGGAUAUAGAGAAUCGGAAAAGCAAAAUUGGACUGAAGAUUCCAUGAUGGUUUUCAAGAGAAUGAAAGAAGUUGCAUUUGAUUCUGACCAAGUUCUCCUACCAUAUGUGCAUAUUCUCGAUCUGGAUUCUAAAGGAUUUAUCAAGCCACACAUUGACAGCGUCAAGUUUUGUGGUUCAACUAUUGCCGGUCUGAGCCUUCUGUCGCCUUCAAUAAUGCGGUUUUGUCAUGAGGACGCGAAACAUAUCAACGUUGAUGCUUUGUUGCCUCGAAGAUCACUUUAUAUCUGUAGGAAACUUAUUCGUUAUGAAUAUACCCAUGAGAUAUUACCUCCCGAGCAGUCAAUAUGGGAUGGAAGUUUGAUCGAGCGGUCACGAAGGAUUUCGUUGAUUUUGCGCUGUGAACCGCAGACGACUAUCUGAUAUUCAUUGGAAUAAGCAAAGUUAUAGAAAGACGCAGGAAAGCUUGGGAAAACGAGAAAUUGCGUGGCAAGCACGAGUAAACGUGCAGGAAGUGCGAGUGUUUCCGAGCGAUUUCGAGUGUUUCUUUAUAGAAAUAAGUGAGCAUGUUAUCUUUUUUUCUUUGUAGAAUAGCCUUUUAGGAACAACAUUAAAAGGAUAAAUUUAUCGAUUUCAACAACAUGUUUUUUACAUUUUUACCACUAAAAUUUCGCACCAUAACCACGCUACCUGCAAGAUUUUUGCGAGACUGAAGUGAUGACUAAAAGUCAUCGCAUUGUGUGUAGACGAUAUGCUUGGGUGUGUCGAUACGCACAUAAACCAAUCACAACGUUACGACAAGUACUAACGAACAUCAAGGACAAAGAGCAACCCAACGAACGACAAGGUGCAGUUUCCAAAAUAACUGCUCCCCCCGUCACGCCUCCUAUAUUGAUGGGACUGGCAGGAACUUAAACAUAAGACUUACUGAACAAAACGAGCUAGAAGGAAACAAGACAAAACUAAUCACAUUGCCAAACAUCACUGACUGACUAAACACAACAUUGACUGGGACACGACAAAAUGCAUUACUGAGAGCAUUGACUUCAGACAACCGUUUGUGUUAGAAAGUUGGUGUACUGACUUAGAACAAAACCAACGAACCUUAUGUUUACUUGACUCCAAAGAUGAUUACCGCCAAAGUUCUCGAAACGUCCGUCUACAUCAACACCAACAGUCUUUCUUAGGAGUUAACUAAUCUUGACGAACUACUUCUAUGAACGUGUAAUUAUAGAUUGCAAUUUUAGAUUGUGGAGAAUUUUGU